AUGAUCAUGCGCGCAGUCGACGUCGAUAAUAGCCCUCAGCUCGCCCUGGGCAUCGAGGACGGGGACGACGACCUCGCUCCUGCUGUCGGCGUCGCAGGCGAUGUGGCCCGGGAACUGGUCGACGUCGGCCACGAGCUGCGUCCGCCUCUGCGCCGCAGCCGCGCCGCACACGCCGCGGCCAAACGCGAUGGUCUGGCAGGCCACCUUGCCCUGGAACGGGCCCAGGAUCAGCUGCUGCCGGCCGGCCGCCGCCGACGAGUGGUCCAGCGUUUCACGGCGGAGCUGGGCGCCGGGAGGGAGUGGUAG